UCAGGACGGGACCUCCAACUUCUCAUCCUUGCUUCUUCUAUCUGAACAAGUUCAGGAGAGCAGCACAGCAGGGAGGAACUCAGGAACCAAGUAGCAAUUCAAUUGACGAGGAUGGAUUCGGCGGAGAGAUCCAAGAAGAGAAUGCAGCUAUGGCGGAAGGGCAAAGCCGCCGUCGUCCAGCUCGCCAUCUGCUUCGCCAUCGGCGCCCUCGCGCCACUUGCCGGCACCAGCAGCCAGUCGGUAGCCAUUCUCCGCGCUUCAUUUCUUCCAUCUCUCAAUGUUCAGCACGCGCCUGCCGUCCCUGACCUGGGCCUCCUGCUGAUCGUCACCGUCACGCGUCCAGACAACGACGGUGACGGCAUGUCGCAGGAGGCGGCGCUGACGAGGCUGGGCCACACGCUGCGGCACGUCGAGCCGCCAAUGAUAUGGAUCGUGGUCGGAGCCAAGAACAGGUCGGCAAGCGCCGUCCAGGUGCUGCGUGGCACUGGCGUCACCUUCCGGCAUCUCACCUAUGCCAUCGAGAACGCCACCGGUGCCGGCGAUGAUGAGGGCCGACAGAGGAACGUGGCCCUGAGCCACAUCGAGCGGCACCGGCUGAACGGCGUCAUCCACUUCGCCAGGGCUUCCGGCGUGUACGAUCUCCGCUUCUUUCAGCAGCUCAGGCAGACUCGAGGCAUUGCAGCAUGGCCAACAGCAGCCGUGUCAUCAGCAGACCAGAGAGUGACAAUGCAAGGACCAACCUGUGACUCAUCACGGAUCACAGGCUGGUACUCAAAAGACUCGAGCUCCAACGACACACAGGCACCACCACCUGUGUCUGCACAAGAUGCAAGUGCAGUCCACAACAGCUCUGGUAUAUCUCCUGAAAUACACUUCUCUGGGCUUGGGUUCAGGAGCUCAAUACUCUGGGAAUCGGAAAGGCUCAUCAACAAGAACAACUCAUCAGGAGAGCAAACUCAGGAUUUCAUCCAGUUUGUACGACAAAUGGCAGUCGGUGAUGGAGAAACACAGAAGGGCAUCCCUUCCCAUUGCUCCGAAUCUCAGAUAAUGCUUUGGCACCUUGAUAUGCCAAGGUACACUCCACAAGUUGAAGAACAGGACACUCAAAAGACGCGAAGUCCAGUGGAGAAAGACGAAGAUGACUAUAUGACAUGAUUAUUGCAAGCUAGAAGAACCAUGUGGCUGUAUAGCUAUCACAAUAGAAUAGACAGAUGGACAAAUAUCAUGUGCAACUCAACACAGGGCAACUUCAUGUAUAUAGGUUAUUCCAGAACCAGCAUAACCGGGUCUUCAAGUGUCAAAUAGUAAAAGGACCAGCUGUGCCGAAGAUGGUCCAAUGUUCGUUGUCCAGAGAUUGUAGUAACCCAUCAA